AUGGUAAGUUUGGGCAAUUCAAAUUAAAGCAUUAAAAUUGGUGAUAAUUGAUUCGUUUAGGCUUACAAAUGAAUUGUAGGCUUGCAAAUGAAAUUUUUGGUUUAAAAAUGAAUUUUAGGCAUAAAAAUGGAGUUUAAGCUUAAAAAUGUCAUUUUAGGCUCAAAAAUUAAUUUUAAGCUCACUGUCCUUUAAACUGUCAAAUUUGUUCUCCCUUUAAACUCAAUUAUCUUUUAGGCAAAACUCGAACGAGUUCUCGGCUCAACAGCAUGCUCAUCAUCAAUAUCAGUCGACCCAACCGCAGGCCUCGUAGCCUAUCCGGCCUCGUCCACUGUUGUCGUCCAGAAUCCUCGAGCUCAAGCACAAGCUCAUUUCAUCUCCAGCUCAAAGAAUAACAUUACCUGUUUGGCGUUCAGUCCGAACGGUCGAUACCUGGUCACCGGCGAGUAUGGCAACGAACCCAUGGUCAGGGUAUGGGAGAUUCACAAAGAUGGCCAGAAGGACAACUUUGGACAACAGAUAGUGGAGUUGAAAGGACAUAGCUUCGGGAUUAGUUGUGUGGUAAGUUGGGGGUGGAUUUUUUUAAAAGGUUUUUAAAGGAUAUUUAGGCUUAAAAAUGAGAUUUAAAAUGAAUUUUGGAUUGAAAAAAUGAAAUUUUGGACUAAAACUGAAUUUUGGGUUAGAUAGCCUUAAAAACUCAUUAAAUUGGCUUGAAACGGAAUAUCAGGCUUAAGGAUGAAUUUUUAGGCUUAAAAUUAGUUUUAGUUCAUAAAUGAUAUUUAGGCUUAAAAAAUGUAAUUUUAGGCUUAUGAAUUGAUUUUUACAUUUGUAUUUUUUGAUAAAAUACGGGUUACCUCAUGCUUGGGUUAAAAAAGUGAAGUUAUAAUAUUUCUAUAAAUUUAACAUUUUUAUUUCAGCGCUUCACCGCGGACAGUAAUCAAGUGAUAUCAGUGGGCAACCAACACGAUAAGUCUAUCACGGUAUGGGACUGGCGGAAUAGCCGAACCAUGGCCGAAUCUCGAGUUUCAUCCCAAGUGAAUGCGAUGGAUUUGAAUGAAAAUGGCAAAGUGAUUGUUACGGUUGGCAGUCGGCAUGUUAAAUUUUGGCAUUUGGACACUGAAAACAAGGUUUUGCAGGUAAAAAUUAUUUUACAUUGAGUUUGAGAGUUAAAAUGAAAUAUUUGGCUUAAAAAGCAAAAUUUAGGCUUAAAAACUUAACGUUAGGCUUAAACAUGAAGUCUUAAGUUACCAAAAUUUAAUUUGACUUAAAAUUGAAAUUUUUCUUUUAGGGUCGGUCCGCCAUUCUGGCCGAAAACCGAAACAACACUUUUGUCGAUGUCUGUUCAGCGCCAAACAACCGUACCUUUACAAUCACUGUAACCAAGCUUUUACUCGAGUUACACGACAAAAAGCUGGUCGGAACAUACGAGCUUCACGGCGAAAUUCCACGCUCAAUUUGCAUGGGAAAUAGCUUAUUGUACAUGGGUUUUAAUAAUGGCACAAUAAGAGCGCUGAAUCCGGACAACAUUGAGCAGUUCAAGGUCAUGCCAAAGCCUCACAACCUGAAGAUUGAACUUUGUGACGCGAAUCCAGACGAGACUUUUGAGGUUCAGUAAGUUAUUUGAGGUUGUAGGCUUAAUUUUUGGCUUGUACAUUAGGUUUUUGAUUAGUUUUAGGUUUAUUUUUGUUCUUUGAAGUUUAUCUUUAGGUAUUUUGGCUUUGGGAUUAUGUUUUAGCGUCGAGCAAGGCUUCUUUUCAUCUUAUUUUAUGUGUUUUUAAUUGUCUUUACAGUUUUUUGGGUUACAUCUUUAAGGUUUAGGUUUACUUUACCUUUGUUUGCUUACAUUCACGCUAUAAAAUAUAAUUUUAGAUACCCAGACGUUCACUCUAUCGUAUUUCACGAGAAAACCAACACACUAACCGCCUUCUACAGCGACCGGUCGAUUUAUCACUGGCAAGUUGCGGAAAACGACGAAGUCUACAAACUCACAUCACAUCUGUUUCACGUUGGCACGGUAUACGACGUAGAAGUUGUCAACUCAAAUUCACCAUACUUCCCCGCAGGGACUUUCUUUACCGCCGGUGCUGACGAAACAGUACGAGUUUGGAAUGUGGAGAAAGAACAGAGGGAUGGCAUUCUACCCACCAACAGUUUUUCAUUCGAAUUGAGGAAAAUUGUAUACUUGGGGGCAGCCGGCUGCGAAAGUUUGACUGAACAACCGGAUAGUAAGUUAUAUCGUGGUAGUUAAGGGUUAUCUUAUAUCAAAGUAGAGAAAGUGAAAAUUAUUUUAGAGUUCUGAUAAAGGUUUAUAUUGGGGUGAAAAUUUUAUUGGGUAAUUUUAAAUUUAAAAUUAUAGAGAUGAUUGAAGUAAAAGCUAUAUUGAGGUAGAUAAGUCUAAUGGUACGGAAAAACGGGUAUUUGAAGGACUUUAAGGCUUUUUAGGUAAUAAAAUAGUUUAGAAUGGCAUUUGUGAGGCUCUAAAGAUUUAUUUUGGUCUAAAUUUUGAAUCUUUGAAUUAUCGACCGGUCGAUUAUUUUUUGUAAAAAAUUUGGUAAAUUUUUGAAUUUUGUGUUUUGUGGGGUUUUAUAGAGUUUAAUUUUGUUUUAAAAACUUAUUUUUGUAUUUCAGAAAAUUUUGGAGCUAUAGCGUCGGAUAUGCUGGAAGCCACUUCAGGCAUCAGAUGCCUAAAGUUGAAUCACUUGGGCGAACAUUUGGCUGUUGGGUCGAAAAAUGGCAAUGUUUGGUAAGUAACACGUAUUUGUUUUUGAUUAUUUUUGUAUCUAAAAUGAUUUUCUUUUGAUUGUUUUAGAUCUAGAUCAAUAGUUUCUUGACUUUAUUUUAUCUAAAACAAUAUUUUUGAUCAUUUUUGAGGAAAAAAUAUUUUUUGAUAUUUAAAAAUGUUAGCAAAUAUAAUUUUUUAGUUUUAUUUAACCUAAAACGACAUAUUUUUAGUGUACUAGACAUCCGAACCCCAGAAAUGUCGAAAAUCUGGGAAUGUGAAGCUCACGAUAACGAAGUCAGAUGCCUGGAAUACACUGAUCCUCGAAAAUGUGAUGGUCGCCACUAUCUAGCUACAGGCUCAAGAGACCGUCUCAUUCAUAUCUUCGAUGCCAACAAUGAUUACAGCCAUUUAACCAUCAUAGACGACCAUCAAAGCAGUGUCUACAGGAUAUUGUUCAUGCCAUCACCGACCGGUCUCGAAAUGGUCACUUGUUCUAAUGACAAACUGAUUGUAGUACGAAAACUGAACCCAGAUUCAGAUGGCGGUCCAACGUUUCAUCGUGUGAAGCAGCUAAAUGUGACUGGAGGGCCGAAUUACGUGGUAACAACGCCAGAGAAUAACCUAAUGGCUGCUUGUGCUGACAGAAAACUGCAUUUGUACUCGUUAAAUGGAAAGCUGAUAAAGUCGGUGAAAGGAACGUUGUGUGAGGAGGGCAAUUUGACCAAGGUAAGGUUGGAUGUGGUAGUUGAAUUUUUUAAAAUUUUUUUGGAGGGGCGAUUUUUUUGGCUUUUUUGGGCUGGGCUUUAUUGUUAGUGGAUUUUUUUCAGGUCAAGUUGGAAAUCAAAAAAAUUUUUUUAAACUAAAAAUUUAAGCUAAAAGUUUUAUUUUUUAGCUUGUUCUUGAUCCCUCAGGCACGUAUGCAGCAACGAUUUGUUCAGAUCGUUAUGUUUAUGUCAUUGACGUGGCUACCGGCGAAUGCGCGGCCGUCUUGUCAGGACAAUCGGACACUGUAGCUUCUGUGACAUUUACAGCUGAUUGUCGGUAGGUUUAUUACAUUCUUCAAGGCCAGAGAACCAGACCUAAAUUAAGGCCUUACAUUGUUAGGGGCUAGCUUAGGUCCUGCAACGAAAGAUUUGUUUAGGUCCUGCGACAAAAUAUUUGAAUCUUAGCCCUGACUUACAUAUGUUUCAAAUUGAUAACUAUUCCUCUUUUUCAGACGCCUCAUCCUAGUGUCCUUCAGCGGAUGUGUGUUCGUUUGGCGCCUCUCCAAUCUUCUGACCAAGCGAAUGCUCGCCAAACUUGAUCAAGACCGGUGAGUGCUUCACUCGAGCUAUUAUAAUGUGAUUAUAAUUUAUACAGAUUGGGCUAAACAAUGUGAGAACAAAAGGGAAUUUGUGUUUGGAGGGAGUGGCUGAUUGUGAGGGUUGAGAAAAAAAUUCUUUUUUAAGGUAGGGCUGGACUGAUGGUUGAAAGUAGAGGAGGGGGAGAGAGCCUGCAGAUAGAGAGGGAAAUUUACAAUGUGAAUUUUUGUUUUUUUUUCGUUUUACAGAUUGUAUUAUAGUAUUGAUUACUUGGUAUAUGGGGUUUUUAAACUGUUUUUGAAUCUUGGUUCACAUAGAGUUGUUGCUAUUGACCGUGGGCGGAAGGGGUUAGUGCAUGAGGGUGGAUAGUUACCCUAUUGCCAUUUUACAUCACUAAAAGUUGAAAAAAAGCUAGCUUCGUGAGGGCUAAAAUUUUUUUUUUAUUUUUAUGUUCUAAAAUUCUCAGCGACGUUUCUAGGUUCAAAAGUUCUUGGAUCUUUACGUUUUGACACAAAGUAUAAGCAUUUUAAACCUCUGUGUACAAAUAAUUUUUAACGUGCAAGUUCCAAUUCAGCGAGCCAUUCGCUGUACAUGAGUAGCCUAAUACAGUUCCACUGUACUAGGCUAAAAUUUCAAAAUUUAAAAACGUGUUAUUUGUGUUAUUUGCACGCGUUUUAUUGCUAACCGAUACCAUUCUCUCUUUUUUUUGUUUUGAGAACAGUGAGUAAUGGCCUACGAAACCCAAAUGGUCGGAAUUAUGGUGGGGUAGGUGAACAUGAAAGGUUAUUUGUCUAAAUGACCGCUUUUGGCCUCCUUUUGAGGUUUAUGGCCACAUUGAACUUUGAUAUUGGGGUUGUGUGGGUAAUUGAGGCGUUUUUGAAGUUUUAAAUUUUGAAAAAAUUUUGAAGUUUUUUAGUUUUUUUUUAUUAAAAAAAAUUUAGUUUUAAAAACUUUUUAAUACCUAUACUUAAAAAACUCUUCAUUUUCACUUUAUGCAUGGCUAUUUAGGCGUUGAAUUGCCGCCAAAUCGCCUGUAAUUAAAGGUUUCGGAAGCAGUUGACCUUAACGUCACUCACGAAAUCCCCUAAAUGAAACAAAUAAAAAUAAAAAAAGGCGCAACCCAGAUUUCCGUGUGGCAUUGUUGGUUUAUCUGAUCCGCCACCAUGUAGAUUUGUGCCUGCAGGGCCGAAGAUUCUGUUGUUUUACACGUUUUUGGCGACUUUUUGAAGGUUUUUCGAUUUUUUCGGUGAAAAUUUUAAUUUUUUAAAUUUUUUGAAGGUACGACUGAUUUUGUAUUUCACAACUGAUGCAAAAAGAAUGGCAUGGGGGUUGUAUUUUAAGUCGAACCAAAAGGAAUGCUGCAUUUGAUCGUUUUUCAUUUGAUACGAAAAGAAUGUGUAUAUUUUAUCUUUGAUGAGAAAAGAAUGGCGUGCUUGACCAUAUUUUGUCUUUGAUGCUAAAAGAAUGGCGUGCUUGACUAUAUUUUAGCUUUGAUGCGAAAAGAAUGGCACUUUCAACUAUAUUUUAGCUUUGAUGCGAAAAAAUGGCUAACUUUUCCGUAUUUUAUUUUUGAUGCAAAAGGAAUGGCGCGCAAUGCAAAAAAAAUAUGGGUGAAAAUUGGCUUAAAAUGAAACAAAAAUCAAAUUUUUAAUAUUUUAAAAUUAAAAAAAUUAACAUUUUUUUCAUAUUUUAAUUUCAGAAGCACAACCCCAGACAGUCUGAUCGAGAGCGGUUCGGAUUCAGCAUCAGCUGUAGCCAGCAAGAAGGAACAUCACGGUUCAGAGUUUGGCUCAUUGAACAGUCUGAACGUUGCUCAGGACGACGAUCUUGAUUCUGGAGUUGGUCUACGACAACCUAAUCCGUGCCAAGUCAAAUCGGAUCAGAAUCAGUAGGUUUUGCUUAUUUUGUGGCUAUUUUUGAUAACUUUUGGGGGUUUAUGCUAGUUUUUAAAAGGGUUCUUAAGCUUUUUAAGUUUAUUUUGAAAUUUUUUUAAAAUUUUUAUAAAUUUCUUAUUGAUUUUUGAUCAUUUUGUAUAAAAAACAGUCCCAAAAUCCCAAACCUAAUCAAAACGAUUCAUCUUGAUCUUCACUAUCCACUAUUUAUCUCUGACCCUACUGACAGCCGACUUUUCGACGCCUCUCUUUUAAAAAACAUCGAUCUUUUGGCCGUUUUUUAUUGCCCAGCAGUUUAAAACCGGUUAGAAAUCAAUGUGUUGGACUGGUUUUUGGCACUUUUUUUUUGAAAAUAGAGGGGUUUUGGGUUUAGAGAUUAGGUUUUAGUAAUAAAAACGGGAUUUCUUUGUUGUUUUGUAUUUUAAAAUACGGUACUUGCCGAUUUUCGUUUAGUAAAAAGUCUUAUUUCAAACUUGUAGGAGGUUUAGAAUGUGUAAGAAACAAUUGAAAAGCUGCAUUUUGGGCUUGUAUUAGGCUUAAGAUGCAAAGAAAAAUGGCGUUUCUGACCUUAUUAGGCUUAGAAAACGAAGAAAAUUUAAAUUUUUUGGCUUUGUUAGGCUUAAAACACUAAGAGAAAUAGCAUUCUGGACUUGACGAAAAAUAAUAUUUUAAUCUUGUAAUAGCCUAAAGAAAAAAAAAGAUCUUUGGCGAAUAGGAAAAUAUUGUUCUGAAUCGCAUCUUGACCAAGACUUUCGGCCGUUCAAGUGGCCAACGAAUCGCUGACCAGGAUGUUGACAACACUUUCCAAGUGUUUUUCUUAAGGCCGCGCUUCCGGUCAAUUAGUUUUUUUUUGUUUUGGGGAUAUUGGCUAAUCUUUGUAGUUUAGUAUUUCUUGUUUAAUUAUUUUAGUUGGUUCAAAAAUGGGUAGACAUUAGGACUAGUAUGAAAUUAUAAUUUGAUUUAUAAUACAAGGAAACUACCCCACCUGCCCUGCUUUGAGUGACUUCAAACUUUUUGUAUAAGAAGAUCAUGUAAAUAUAAUUUCUUCAGCAAAGUACUAAAUCGCGCUUUCCAGGGAAUCUCGAGAAAAUCGAGAUUAAAAAAUGACAUUUUGAAUUUCCCGCCAACUUGGCAUUGUGUUUCAAGCUUAUAACUUUGCCAUUUUUUGACUUUUAGAAAUUUUUCUUUGAUAUAGUAGAAUACCUUUAAAUGAACCUGCAAUUUUAAAUUUGUAAGAGCAGCUUGUCUGGAAAGUUAAUUGGUGGUACAAGGAAUACAUAUAAAAAAUUUGAGCUUAUUCUGAGCGGGGCAGGUAGGGUACUUUCCUUGUUAGCUUAAAAUUUCCUAGCCAAACGGCAAUUUUUUAACUUUAAUGUUAAUAUUUAUACAGUAAAACUCAUGUUCAAGUCUAAAUUUUAUUGUACGAAAGCGAAAAACUGGAUAUAAGAAGAUGUUAUCAAGUUCGAUUUUUCUGUUUUUCAUACAGAUUUUGUGAAGGUUAUUAGAAGAUGGUCGAGCGAUUUUUUGAUUUGAUUCAAGAUGAUUUUGCAAGCAAGAACAGAAUUUGUUAUAGCUGUUUGACUCUUGUUUUACUGUAGAGCAGGGACGUUGCUAAGGGGAAGGGUGUAUGUGGCUUUUUAACUUUGAUUAAAAUCAAAAAAAAUUUUUUAGUUUUUUCUUUUCUUAUGAAAGAAAUGUGUAGAGGGGAUGAUAAAGCUCAGAUAAAUUCAAAGCUUGCUAAUUCUGGACAAAAUUCGAUAUUUUAGCAUCUUUUUUUUUGCAAAAUAUAGACAUAUUUCAGACAUUAUGCUAUAUUUAAAGGUAGUUUUUGUGUCAUGAUAAAACAACUCUUUUGAUCUUAUACAUGUGUGUUAUACAUUUUUUUCCGUCCGGAUGUUUGACAUGUUUUGAUUUCAUUUUAUUAUUUUUGCAUUCGAUUUUUUUUUCUUUUCUGAUGCUUCUUCUGCCUCACUGAAGACGUUGAGAAGCCGUCGGAAACUAAACAAAACUUUACUUUUACUGUUUUUUGGAGUUUUAGAAAAAGUGAUUUUUUUAUCUUUAGUUUAGAUAGGCUUAAAACUUUAUUAAAUGGGCUCGGAAUGGAAGGUUCAGGAUUAGGGAUUAAUUUUAGGCUUAGAAUGAUUUUUAGGUUCAAGUUGUGUUUAAGUUUAAAAAGGCAUUUUAAUAUACUAGUUCUAAGUUUAAAAUAAAAUCUUAGGCCAAAAUUUAAGCCAAGUAUAGCUAUAUCAACUCUUUUGGGCCUAGGCUUUCUUUUAGGUCUACUCGGCGCUUGUUUUACUUUUGUUAUUUUAGCGCUAGGGCUAAGUAUGAUAAACCAACUUUAUAUUUUUAAGCCAAGCCUACCCUAUUAUAAAUCUAAAGCCGAGAAUAGCUUAUUAUAAAUCUAAGCAUAUGCCUAGCUAUUACAAAUCAGUAUGACCUACUUCUCUACCCACCUAUCCAAACAUGAGUUAUCUCUCUCAAUUCCAACCUGACCAAAUCCUCUCUGUGAAUCGUUGUAUUUGCUCGGUUUGCGUGUGAAUAUUCUUUCUCGUGGACUGUUUGCUUUGGGCCCUCAUCUUUAUUCUCAAAUUAUUUUAAUGUUGUGGCGCCGAGGUCAUGACCGCGCCAUCAAUCUCUAAGUUUCGCCGGUUUUAAGGUGUUUUUAGAGGAUUUGAGGUCUUGGAAGGGGUAGCUGGGGUUAAAAUUUAGGCUUUGAGGGCUUUGGACGGCUUACAAUUUUUAAAAAUUUCAAAUUUUGAAAAUUUUUUUUUUGUAAUUUUUUCUAUUUGAGCCGAUGUUAGGGUUGGCCCAAAUUUAAGCCAAAAAAUGAGAGUUCUAAUUGAAUAAUGGGGAAAAAAAUGAUUUUCUGAUAAAAUAAAUUGUUACAAUGAAGUCAAAACCUUCAUUUUUCUCAAUUUUUCGUUGAUUUAGACCUUUUAGUUUAAAGUUUUCCCAAGCUAACGCUUUGAUUCGGUUCGAAAACGUUUGUUUGUCAUCUUCCUUAUCAGUUGAAUUUACCGAAAAAUUGUGUUUGAACAUAAAAUUCGAACAAGCUUUGUUUAUUUAGCGGUACUAAUCAGAAAUUUUGUCUUUAUUACAUUCGGCUUUGGUCUUGGACAUUUAUGUUGUAGUAGACCCUUUUUGCCUCUCUCUAGCGUGGAUUACCCUACCCUCUCAGCGCCCCACUCUUAAUUAUAAAAAAUAUGAUGUGUUACCCAAAUUUGACCUACAAGUACUAAUAAGACGUGUGUAUUAUUACACCAAUCUAAUAAAAGUACCUUUCAGGACGUUCAGCAUAAGCCGUGUACCGACCGAAGUUGUUCGCCGAUCAACCAGCAACUUGGCAGCCACCUCGAGUGGGGAUUUGAGACAAGAAGGUGAGGAAACCUGAUACACUUUACGAAACAAACUUUUGUAAAUUUAUUUUUGGAAAGGGCAACGAAACGUGGGGUUACGUGUGACUAACAACAUUGAACUUUAUAGUAUCAAGACUUUUGGAUUUUAUAGUGUAAUAUUAAAAUUUUGGCUUGAAAUUUUGGGUUUUUGGCUUAUAAAUAGAGCUUUAGGUUUAAAAAUAAUAUUUUAAGUUUAAAAAAGAUCUUGAGGCUUAAAAAUAAAUUUUAGGCCUAGAAGGAGUAUUUAAAGCUGAAAAACGAAAUUUAGACUUAAAAGUGAAACCUUUAGUUUAAAAAUGCAUUUCAAGCUUAGAAAUGAAUUUUAAGUCUAGAAACAGAACUUUAAAUUUAAAAAUGAAAUUUUGACUUAAAAAUUAGUUUUAGGCUUGAGAAUUCAAUUUUACGUUUAGAAAAGAAACUUCGGAUUCAUAAUGUAAUUCUAGGUUGUAUUUUAGGCUUAAAGGUGAAAUCUACAAUUAAAAACUAAAGCUGAUUUCGAAGCCAUUUUCCAAUUCGAAUCGCCCAAAAGUGUCGCAAAUUCGCAAAGAUUUAUGGCUUGCGCUCUCAUUUCGAUUAAAACUUUGAUUACAAUGCGAUCGCUUUCCGUAUUCUGAAAAGAACAACUCUACAAAGUUUUUAGGGAUGAGUUGUUAGCGGGUCAGCGGAUUCUUUUUUAUUAUUUUUGGAAAUCGUUUCCCAAGAGCGACAUUACUUUUGGAGAUUCGAGGUGUAGAUCUCCUGGUUUUAGUGGGGUAAAUGGUUGUUAAGGACUGGGGCAUCUCAAAUUUAUUUUUAAUUCAAAAAUUUUUGUUAAAUCUAGAUUAAAACGAUUAUCAAGCCUAGAAAUUCUCAAAAAAGCCUUAAAAAUUUGGUAAGCCUAAAAAUAAUUAUGAAUUUUCCAGCCGAUCAGUUUGGAAUGUACCAAAACGCGGGCGUAAGCGUGAUCAGCCAACCGGUGCCUCCACAAGGCUACACUACUUCAAGGUCUAUGUCGAACAUUCAUCGUUCGGCGGUGUCGCCUCAACGGCAGCGACGCCGCUGGAACGUGCCUCCAAACGAGACUUUCGGUUCGUUUUUUUGAGAUUUUAAAAUGAUUUUUGGUGGUUUCAAACUGAUUUUUUGGGGUUUUAAAUUGACUUUACUGACAUUUUAAAUUAGUUUUCUUAUAGUUUUACCUAUAGAAAACACUUGUAGUGAGAUUUUUUGCAGAUUUUUUAAAAAUUUAGCUUUAUAUUUCAAAAAAUCAUUAGCUAAAUGAUGUUUUUGGUCUAGAUUUUGACACUUUUUUAAUGUGGUUUACAUGAUAAUCGCAUUAGAAUAACUGAAAAAGCACUUUUCUUGACAAAAAGUAUAUUUUUCACAAACAAAACAUGUAUAUUAAUGUAUGUAAAGUGACAUAAUGAGUAUGUUUUUUAUAUUUUUCUAGUAAACAUGACAUCAGGUUUUUUGAAGUUCAAAUUUUGAUUUUCUAUCUAUUUUAAAAACAUUUUUCAAUUUUGGAUAGGCAGAAAAUGAAAUUUUGAGCUGGUUUUAUGUCGUAAUAAGCUUAAAGAUAGAGUGGAAAGCUUUAAAGAAGAAGAUUUUCUUAAUUUGUUAUACAAACCUUUGUAUACCUAUUGUAUAUCUGGAUAUUUUUAGACCCCAGUCAAACGUACAACUACUCAAACGGCACCUUACCAUUCCCAACACAACAGAACUCGAUCUAUGCUCAGCCACAAGUGCCUCAACAGCAACAGUUUUCGAGUCCAGUCAGCCGAUUCGGUAAGAACUUUUUAUUGUUUUUCUUAAGUUUAGGUAUGAAAACAGAGCAAAUUACAUUGUUAUAGAUGUAGAUAAUGGAGAAGGUGUGGAGUAAUUUGCGUUUGAAUAGAGCGAUUUUAAAGGAGUUAUAGGGCCUGAAAUAGCAGUUUUUGUUGUAAAAAUCACUUUUUUAUAAAUAACAUUAUUAAAAAUGAUAAGAAUUUGACAUUACUAUAUGUUUUACUAAGUAAUUUUACUGUAAAUUUUACAAUGAGUCUUUAUUUUUACUAAAAAUAUUGUCAUAGACAUUAAAAAUUGAUUUUCAGCCCAAAUGCCGGCUUCGAUGUCAAUGAAUGGAAUCCGAUCAGCAUUGCCUCCAGAAGAAAGCUACUUAAUGGCUUCAACACCUAAUGGCUCUCCGUACAGUCAACAACAGAUGAUCGACGCUCAAUUCGACCGAAAUCAUCGGUCGAGAAACUCCAUCUCAAAACGAUACCUGAAUGGAGUUGAGAACGCUGAAGGAAUGACAGUUUGGAAACCAUCACAACUGAAGCAGCGACGGCCUUCGAAUCUGUUCAGUCCUACCAGACAGUCCAACUUGUCACCGAGACGACGUGAGUUUGUUUUUUUAAAUUAAGGUGUUCUAGUAGGUUGUUCAAAUAAUUUUGAGCCACCUAUUAAAGAUAAUUUGCAACUGAUUAUUUUAACAAAGAGAAAGGGAUAAUAACUUGAAAGAUGGUAGUAUAUGUUUGUGAUGGUGAUAUACUUUUACUGUCAUAUGUUUCCUACAUAGUAUCUGUUCUGGUUCAGCCAUUGUUUCUUGAAGUAUAAUAUGUUACUAUGCCGCGUAUAGUAACUCAUAGAAAUGCUACAUCUGUUACUGUGGCUAUGAAUGUUUACUAUGCUUGAUAAUUUUUAUCGUUGGUUUGGUAAAUGGGUUAUAAUAACAUGAUUUUUAUAUUACACUUGAAGUUUUUAAUCCGUUUUUUCGUUUUUAAAAUUUUUUACUAAUCCAGGCAACCUUUUUUGUGACUAAUAUUAAAAAAUUAACAUUAAUCACUUCUCUCUACUAUAAUAUUUUUAAAACUGGUCCGUUAACCCUUAAUAUAGUCCCUAUAAUUUCAUAUUAACCUUUUUAUCGUAACCAUUAACCGUUUUUCGUUGUUUUUCCUAUGUUUUUAUGUGCUUCAGAAUCCCUAACGUCGUCGUCCUCAAGGUCCAGCUCCUCCCGUAUGUAUCAACCCCGCCUAAGUCAACCUCCCAAUAUCAACGAAUCGCCAAGCCGGCUAGCGAGCCGUGUCUUCAAACAACGACGACAAACGGAACAAGGUUCGAUUACUUUGAGUUUGGUGGAUUCUAACCCAUUUUCAGUCGAUUUUUCGUUCAUUUUUGUGGUUUUCGUAACGUUUUGAGUAUUUUUAUCUUUGUUGCAACAACUUUUUCAAUUUUUGUAUGUAUGUUUUAAGUUUUUGAAGGGCUAGUGAUUAUUGUAUGUUAUAGUAGAUUUUUGGUAAAAUACGAUUGGAAAAAAUGUUGUGUGUUAAAAAUGGCAAUUUUAAGCGAAAUUUGGCGAAAAAUUUAUGUUGUAGUAGGAAGUUUUUAAUAAAAACGGCAUUUUUAGGCAAAAUUUGAUUAAAAAAAUAAUAUUGUAGUAGACGAUUUUUACAAAAAAAGAUAUUUCCUGUUCAAAAUUGACAAAAAAUUUUAUGCUACAAUUGAAAAUUCAUAAUUUAGAGCGGCAUUUUUAGUAAAAUCAUGAUUUUUCUAUCAGAAAACAUAAUAUUCUUCAAGAAGAAGAUAAUUUUUUAAUCUGACUGUGCUUUUCUAUUGAUUGAAAAACGUUUUUCUAAUUAAUUCCAGCCGGUUUUGUAAUGUGUUGAACGUAUUUUCCGUCAUGUUUUUCUAACGUUUUAUGUUCUUCUCAACUGUUUCGGCUUAAUUUGAUUAGAUUUUUUUCGAAAAAAGUGUUUUAUUGGUCAAGAAUUUUGUGGAAAAAUGAUUUUUUUGGCUUAAAAUUAAUUUUUUUUGUCGAAUUUCUUCAAAGCUUAGCUUGAAAAUGGGGUUUUUAGUCUUAAAUUUAUUUUAUUCUGAUUUAAAAUUGCCAUUUUUGCUAUAACUCGAUAUUCUUUUAGAUGAAUCCUCCAUGUCCAACAUGACCGCGGCCGAAACCCUGAGGGCAUUGAGAUCCCGCUCUCAAUCACCAUCAACUCUGGCCCUUCAAUUGGCCGAACAACAAAGCCGCAAAAUCUCGGCAACUCUUCAAAGACGAAGAGAUUCAGACGCCAGAAGCGGCCGUGCCACACCCUCAUCGUCCCGUGCCAACCUUCGAACCCAAUCCAACCUCGGUAACUCUAGCCAAGCUCUAAACAAGCUCACCGAAAUGAGGGAUCAGCUGAAGAAAAGCCAGGACAAUCUGUUAAUGGCGGCCGACGGGAUGAUCGAUCCGGCAUCGCCGACUUCAGAAGGUAUCAUGGCCAGAAGCCGAUCCAUCGGAAACCUCAGAAUCAACGCUCCACGCCCAACGAACGUCGACGACGGCUAUUACGGAAGUCAAAGACAAAUGACUCGGUCCGUCAGUUCACUUCACAACACCUCAACUUCACCCAACAGCUCGGACUCUCCACAUCCAGAUGAAAACAACCUCAGAAGUCAGUACGGUAACGAACGAAGACGCUCGGCAAUGACGGCUUCUGUUCGUAACCUUCACAAAAUGUCAAAUCCAGACCUGGCUGAUGAUGUGUUCGAACAGGAGGACAAGGUGAACAUGAACAACUCCAAUGGAGCAUAUUAUUCAGCGACGUUACCUAAAAACUUGAGGAAAGGAGCGGUCCAGAAGAGGGUAGGUUAAUGUAUCUGGACAAAAGUUAAAAUUUUAAAAUUUUAAAAAUGAAGAAAAGGAAAAAAGUUUGAAAUUUGAGUGAAAUUGAAGAAAAAACGAGAUUUUGUCGAAAAAAUCAAUUUUGGAAGUUUUUGAGCUGCGCCCGGGAUUGCGCAGCCUGCACGUGCCUUUUUUUUCUUGUUUAGGGCCUUUUUUUCCACCUCUUGACUAAAACGACGGCCCACAACUGAAAUCAACGAAACAUAAUAUAAAUAUUUAAAAUUUCAGCUAGAACGAAGUAAUCCUCGCGUCUUCAACCGGCUAGACCAACAAACCACCAGCGGUGAUAGCGAUUCGAACGCGUCGGAUGCCACGCCUUAUAGCAGCAUUCAACAGCGUGCUCAACUCUUUCAACAACGUGCCACGCCAAACGGAACUCAAUUUAGAUCAGUGAGUUCGGUGGCUGCCAGUCCUCGUGGUAUUAUUCAAAGAAAAGGCGGCAAUUACUUGUCCAGACUGAAUCAGCCAGAAGAACAGAGAGAAUUGGAGGAAAAGAACCCGAUUCUGGAGCUGAAUGAUGUUGAUGGAGUCUCGGCUAAUGCUAAAAGUAAGUUUACAAGAUUUAAGAAUAGCUUGGUUGGGUGUUCGAGAGAGUUCUUGCUUCAUAAAUGGCUGAGGAAAGGAUAUUGUAGUAGGUAUCUGGAUGAAAAACUUGACGUUUAG